AUGCCUUUGAGAAAUAUACGAACUCCACUCCCCACUAUUUUCAAGAGCCUGCAACGAACUGAAACUAUUAGUCAGGUCCUGUCAGCAAGUGAAUUCUUCCAUGGGACAAAAGCAAUUACACCUGAAGGGAAUGGAAGCAAUUGGAAAGCAAUAUACCCAAUCAUGACUCUUUCAGGAGUAUAUAACACCCCGUCGCCUCCUCGCACAUCCUCACAACCUUCCUUCGUCGCGUCUCAGCCGUGUGGUCCUCCGUCAUCGCCUUCUUCUGCGUCGUGGUUUGGGGCAUUGGCCAAGGAAGACGCCAUGUGUGCUAGGGUUCGCAGUGUCCUUGUUUUGGCCUCGAUGUUUGCCGCGGGAUCGUCCGUCAAGCUCGGUGACUUGGGCGGCGGCGGCAGUGGCGGCGUCGGCGGCCUCGGUGGCGUCGGCGGCGGAGGAGACUAUUACCAGACCAACAACCAAGGAGCCGGCGGUGCACUAGGGGGUACUGGGUCCUCCGGGGGAGGGAGUUCCCUUACCCAGAAUAUCCCCGGCGUCCCUGGGCAGGAUUACCCCGCCCUCAGCAGUGCCCUGAACACUGGCUUCAACUGCAGGAACCAGCAAUUCCCAGGGUAUUAUGCAGACACGGCUCCGGAAGUGUUCCACGUCUGCGAGCAGGACGGCCGCCAACACUCGUUCCUGUGUCCGGUCGGCACGCUGUUCAGCCAGCAGUUCUUCGUGUGCGACUGGUGGUACAAUGUGGACUGCUCCCUGGCCUCCCAGUUCUACUCGCUCAACGCCCUCAUCGGCCAAGUGGGCGCGACCUUGGGUGGCAACAGUGGAGGGAACUUCGGAGGGAACCUGGGAGGGAACUUUGGUGGAGGAAAUGAUGGAGGGAGCGGCGGCAACGUCCAGCCUCCUACAGACAGCUACCAGACUCCGGGGAAGAAUCUUUCAGAUUUUUUCCUGAAGCCGCAGACCCUCGAGAAGCGAAGCGCAGCGCCUCCGAGGCCCUCCUUCAGCUAA